CGCUCCCCUCUGCGCGUGACCCCCAGCUCACUCUCCUCUUCGUCUUCUUCUUCGUCGUCGGACGACAUUUCCACGACUCUCUCUCUCUCUCUCUUAGACGGAUCACAACCUCGCAUCUCCCGGCGACCCUACCGCCUUCUCCGCCGUCCGAGCCGACUCCGGAUCUGUGAACUCGCCGGGUCAACUCGGGGAAUGGCUUCUCCGGAAGCCGAUUCCCUCUCCCGCUUGACUCUGGUGGUCGCCCCGGCUCUCGAUAGGAUUGUAAAGAACGCCUCCUGGCGCAAGCACUCGAAGCUCGCCCACGAGUGCAAGUCCCUCCUCGAGAAGCUCUCCCCACCGCAGCCAUCGCUCCCCUCCCCCGAGCCCGACUCCUCCGAGCCCGAGUCGUCCCUCCCGGGGCCGCUCUUCGACGGGCCCACCCAGUUCUCCCUCGCCGACUCCGAUUCCGUCCUCGGCCCCCUGAUCAACGCCUGCCUGUCCGGCAAUGUCAAGAUUGCCGAUCCCGCCGUCGACUGCCUGCAGAAGCUGAUCGCGCACGGCUACCUCCGCGGGGAGGCUGAUCCCGGCGGGGGCGGAGCCGAGGCGAAGCUGCUGGCGAGGGUGAUCGAAUCCGUGUGCAGGUGCCACGAGUUGGGUGACGAUGCCGUCGAAUUGUUGGUUUUGAAGACCCUGCUGUCUGCGGUUACUUCCAUGUCUUUGAGGAUUCACGGGGAUUGCUUGCUGCUGAUUGUGAGGACUUGUUAUGAUAUAUACCUUGACAGUAAAAAUGUGGUUAAUCAGACCACCGCCAAGGCCUCAUUAGUGCAGAUGCUCGUGAUCGUGUUUAGGAGAAUGGAGGCAGAUAGCUCGACUGUCCCGGUACAGCCGAUUGUGGUUGCAGAGUUGAUGGAGCCAGUCGAGAAAUCGGAUGUGGAUGGGUCGAUGACCCAGUUUGUUCAAGGGUUCAUAACCAAAAUUAUGCAGGACAUUGAUGUGGUGUUGAAUCCAGUGACGCCUGGUAAGAAUCCACUCGGCGGACAUGAUGGGGCGUUUGAGACUACCACUGUUGAGACCACUAAUCCGGCAGACUUAUUGGAUUCAACCGAUAAGGAUAUGUUGGAUGCAAAAUACUGGGAGAUUAGUAUGUACAAGACGGCAUUAGAGGGUAGGAAAGGGGAAUUAGCAGAUGGAGAAUUGGAGAGAGAUGAUGAUUUAGAGGUUCAGAUUGGAAAUAAGUUGAGGAGAGAUGCAUUUUUGGUGUUCAGAGCACUUUGCAAGUUAUCUAUGAAAACACCUCCAAAGGAGGCUGUGGCAGACCCGCAGUUGAUGAAGGGAAAGAUUGUGGCUUUGGAGUUGUUGAAGAUUUUGUUGGAGAACGCAGGAGCUGUUUUUAGGACAAGUGACAGGUUUCUAGGUGCUAUUAAGCAAUAUCUAUGUCUGUCAUUGUUGAAGAACAGUGCUUCCACGCUUAUGAUUGUUUUCCAGCUUUCUUGCUCCAUCUUCAUCAGUCUGGUGGCCAGAUUCAGAGCUGGAUUGAAAGCUGAGAUUGGAGUAUUCUUUCCUAUGAUUGUACUGAGAGUUUUGGAGAAUGUUGCUCAACCUAAUUUUCAACAGAAGAUGAUAGUGCUUCGGUUUUUAGAUAAGCUCUGUUAUGAUUCACAGAUCUUGGUAGACAUCUUUAUCAAUUAUGAUUGUGAUGUCAAUUCAUCUAACAUAUUUGAGAGAAUGGUCAAUGGACUUCUUAAAACUGCUCAAGGUGUCCCUCCUGGUACUGCUACUUCACUGUUGCCACCGCAAGAGGCAACCAUGAAACUUGAAGCUAUGAAGUGCUUAGUGGGUAUUCUAAAAUCAAUGGGAGACUGGAUGAACAAGCAGUUGCGUAUUCCAGAUCGCCAUUCUAAUAAGCUUGAACCAGUAGAGAACAGUUCUGGAGUGGCAACUCCUCCUAUGGCAAAUGGGAAUGGAGAUGAGCCUGUUGAAGGAUCUGAUGCUAAUUCAGAAGCUUCAAGCGAAGCCUCUGAAGUUUUGACAAUUGAGCAACGUCGGGCUUACAAACUUGAACUUCAGGAAGGUAUAUCUCUUUUCAACAGGAAACCUAAGAAAGGAAUUGAAUUUCUCAUGAAUGCGAAUAAGGUGGGGAAUUCACCGGAGGAGAUAGCAGAGUUUCUUAAGAAUGCAUCAGGCUUGAACAAGACUUUAAUUGGUGAUUAUUUAGGUGAAAGGGAAGAAUUAUCGCUGAAAGUGAUGCAUGCAUAUGUUGAUUCUUUUGAAUUCCAAGGAAUGGAAUUUGAUGAAGCUAUAAGGGUGUUCCUACGAGGAUUUAGAUUGCCCGGAGAAGCACAAAAGAUUGACAGGAUCAUGGAGAAGUUUGCAGAAUGUUAUUGCAAGUGUAACCCGAAAGCAUUUACCAGUGCCGACACAGCCUAUGUUCUUGCUUACUCUGUCAUACUGCUGAACACUGAUGCUCAUAACCCUAUGGUGAAAAGCAAGAUGUCAGCUGAUGACUUCAUAAGGAAUAAUCGUGGGAUUGAUGACGGGAAGGAUCUACCUGAGGAGUAUCUGAGAUCACUAUUUGAACGGAUAUCAAGAAAUGAAAUCAAAAUGAAAGACGAUGAUCUGGCCCCUCAGCAGAAGCAGUCUUCGAACACUAACAGGAUUCUGGGUUUGGAUGGUAUCUUAAACAUCGUGAUUCGCAAGCGAGGAGAAGAAAAUGGCAUGGAGACCAGUGAUGAUCUUAUUAGACGCAUGCAAGAACAAUUCAAAGAAAAGGCUCGCAAGUCUGAGUCAGUCUACUACGCAGCUACAGAUGUGGUGAUUCUUAGAUUCAUGAUUGAGGCAUGCUGGGCUCCGAUGUUGGCAGCCUUCAGCGUCCCACUUGACCAAAGUGAUGAUGAUGUAGUUUUAGCUCUUUGCCUUGAAGGCUUCCGCUGUGCCAUCCAUGUCACUGCAGUUAUGUCCAUGAAGACUCAUAGAGAUGCUUUUGUGACUUCAUUAGCCAAGUUUACCUCCCUCCAUUCACCUGCUGAUAUUAAACAGAAGAACAUUGAGGCAAUUAAGGCAAUUGUAACCAUUGCGGACGAGGAUGGAAAUUACCUUCAGGAAGCUUGGGAGCAUGUCCUGACAUGUGUUUCUCGGUUUGAGCAUCUACACCUUUUGGGAGAGGGUGCUCCUCCAGACGCCACGUUCUUUUCCUUUCCUCAAAAUGAAUCUGACAAAUCAAAACAAGCUAAAUCAAAUAUCCUUCCUGUUCUUAAAAAGAAAGGACCCGGAAGAAUUCAACAUGCAGCUGCUUCUAUGUUAAGGGGUUCAUAUGAUGGUGGCAAUGCUUCCGGGGCAGUCACAUCUGAGCAGAUGAACAGUUUAGUCUCCAACUUGAACAUGUUGGAGCAAGUUGGAAGCUCAGAAAUGAAUCGGAUUUUCACACGGAGCCAAAAAUUGAACAGUGAGGCUAUCAUAGACUUUGUGAAGGCUCUCUGCAAGGUCUCUAUGGAUGAAUUGAGAUCUGCUUCUGAUCCCCGUGUAUUCAGCCUAACAAAGAUUGUAGAGAUUGCGCACUAUAACAUGAACCGCAUCAGACUCGUGUGGUCAAGCAUCUGGCAUGUGCUGUCUGAGUUCUUCGUAACCAUUGGUUGCUCUGAAAAUCUAUCAAUUGCAAUUUUCGCCAUGGAUUCUUUACGGCAAUUGUCAAUGAAAUUUUUAGAUCGAGAGGAGCUGGCAAAUUAUAACUUCCAGAAUGAAUUCAUGAAACCUUUUGUCAUUGUCAUGCGUAAGAGCAGUGCUGUUGAAAUCAGAGAGCUAAUUAUCAGAUGUGUCUCACAAAUGGUUUUGUCUCGAGUGACUAAUGUUAAAUCAGGAUGGAAGAGCAUGUUCAUGGUUUUCACAACAGCAGCUUAUGAUGAUCACAAAAACAUUGUACUCUUGGCUUUCGAAAUAAUUGAGAAAAUUAUACGAGACUAUUUCCCAUACAUCACGGAGACUGAAACCACCACUUUUACAGACUGUGUCAACUGCCUCAUUGCAUUCACCAAUAGUAGAUUCAACAAGGAAAUUAGCUUGAAUGCUAUUGCUUUUCUCCGAUUCUGUGCGACAAAACUUGCUGAAGGGGAUCUUGGGUCUUCAUCACGGAAUAAAGAAAAGGAAGCCUCGGCAACGAUUGCUCCAUCCCCUCGAAGGGGUAAAGAUGGAAAGGUGGAGAACGGAGAUAUCCUGGAGAAGGAUGAUCACCUGUACUUCUGGUUCCCACUGUUGGCUGGUUUAUCAGAACUCAGCUUCGAUCCUAGGCCUGAAAUCAGGAAGAGCGCUUUGCAAGUACUGUUUGAGACUUUACGCAACCAUGGACACCAUUUUUCGCUGUCUCUAUGGGAGAGAGUAUUUGAAUCAGUUCUCUUCCCCAUUUUUGACUAUGUGCGACAUGCUAUUGAUCCUUCUGGAGGAAACUCACCUGGGCAAGAGCCAGACAGUGAGAUGGGUGAGCUUGAUCAAGAUUCAUGGCUCUAUGAGACAUGCACUCUGGCUCUCCAACUAGUUGUGGAUCUUUUUGUUAAGUUUUAUGGUACAGUGAAUCCCCUACUAAGAAAAGUUCUGACACUUCUCGUAAGUUUCAUUAAGCGGCCUCACCAAAGCCUUGCUGGCAUUGGUAUUGCUGCCUUUGUCCGUUUGAUGAGCAACUGCGGGGAUCUCUUCUCCGAUGAGAAGUGGCGGGAAGUGGUUUUGUCAUUCAAAGAUGCGGCUAAUGCCACACUCCCCGAUUUCUCUCAUAUUCUCAACGGGGAAACCACAGUUGGGAGCUAUGAACACACAAUCAAUAGACAAAGUAGUGAUGAGUUGGCCGAGUCUGGAACUCCUGAUGAUGAUCCAGAGAAUGCAAGGGCUCGAUAUCUUUUUGCUUCUGUUUCUGAUGCAAAGUGCAGAGCUGCUGUCCAACUUCUACUUAUCCAGGCGGUGAUGGAGAUCUACAGCAUGUACCGCCCUCACCUUUCUGCUAAGAAUAUAUUGGUCCUCUUUGAUGCCCUGCGUGAUGUGGCAUCACAUGCACACAAGACCAACAGUGAUGCUGCUCUGCGUUCAAAGUUGCAAGAAUUUGCCUCAAUGACCCAAAUGCAGGACCCUCCAUUGUUACGUCUCGAGAAUGAGUCCUACCAAAUUUGCCUGACGUUCUUACAGAAUCUGAUGCUGGACAAGCCUGCAGAUUACGAUGAGGUUGAGGUGGAGAAGCACUUGGUUGACCUUUGUCAAGAGGUUUUACAGUUUUAUAUCUUGGCUUCCUCCUCUGGACUCGUAACCAAGUCGUCUUCAGGAGAGCAGCCACGUUGGCAAAUCCCUUUAGGCUCUGGGAAGCGAAGAGAAUUAGCUGCUCGUGCUCCUCUUAUCGUGGCGACAUUACAGGCCAUAUGCAUUUUGGGGGAAACUUCGUUCGAGAAGAACUUGGCUCGUUUUUUCCCAUUAUUUUCAAGCUUGAUAUGCUGUGAACAUGGCUCGAACGAAGUCCAGGUAGCUCUGAGUGAAGCGCUGAGCUCAUCAGUAGGCCCCAUCUUGCUUAGAUCCUGCUGAUCUCUGGUAAAAUGAACUUGUUUGAUAUGUAUGAUAGUUUUGCUCAUGUAAUUUCUCACCUCGCUUUCUGUAAUAGUUAUUCUUUCGGAAUUAGAAGUGAUAGAAUAUGAAGAGAUAGAGAUGUUUUUGCCUUUAGCAGUGCUUUUUAAGUUUUCUUCAGUAGAAUCCUCCCAGUAUUGACACAAGUUGCCAAGAUCUUCCCCUCCCUGUAUUCAUCUAUUCUUCCAGAAUGAUCAGAAAGUACACUGUAUGAAUGCUUGGAUUUGGUUUUGAGAAGCAAUUUUGUUGGUUUCUCA